AUGGGGAUUGAUUUCGUGUCGUCCGCACCUGCGCCAUCGCCGGAAUUCGAUACGUCUGCGAGCUCCCACGCUCGCGGCAUUUCGCAACACGCGUCAACUCCGGAGAGGGCAGCGGACGCCGCGAAUGGCGCGCAGUCGAAGCGAUCAAAGUUCCUCGCGUUUGAAGCGCCAAAGCGCAUUUCGGAGAUGUUGGAGGUGGGCAAGCUGCUGACCGACGACCCCAUCGGCGGGUGGGAAAAGGCGUGGAAAACGUGCACGACGCUGUGGCUCCUGGGUGGCGUGAUGCCGGCUUUGGCGGCGCUCGUGGCAGCACCAGAGGGAUCGCCGCUUCACCUGCCUCCCUCCAUCCGCCGCGUGCUCGUCCCCGGCUGUGGCAAUCGGGUGGAGGGGGCGGGCAACAGGGCGGCCAUGUCGUUUGAGUGUGCCGACUUCUUUGAGUACCGCCCCGCACAGCCCUUCGACGCGAUCUUUGACCUCACGUGA